AUGGGCAAUUCUGUUCCUUCUGGGGAAGCGGGCUACCGGGUGCUGCGGAUACACCCGGGAAGCCCCGCGGAAGCAGCAGAUUUGGAAUUGUUUUUUGACUUUGUUGUGCAAAUCGAAAAUGAGGUUUUGUGCAGCCCGGAGGUGUCUGUACAGUCCGUGCUGAAGCGCAUUGAUGCAGCAGACGGCAGACCCAUACACCUUACGGUGUACAACGCUCGCCACAGAAUGAACCGAGGCAAGGGUUUAGGAGGUGUGCAUCCAGCCCGCGCGAGCAGCAGCAAGUGCUGUGUGCUAGGGAAAUCCCAAAUCCCAAACCACGACGUCUCUACACAGGUGUGCAUCCAGCCCGCGCGAGCAGCAGCAAGUGCUGUGCUGCUGGGCAAAUCCCAAAUCCCAAACAACGACGUCUCCACACGUAGGUCGGGCGCGCCCGUCGUCGUUCACGACACACGAUCCCAAAUCCCAAAUCCCAAAUCCCAAAUCCCAAACGACGACGUCUCCACAC